AUGCCGCAUCUCGAAAGCUUUGGCCAUGUGACUAUCCUCUCCACGAACACUAGUGCAGCGCCUUCCACUACAUCAUGUCGCUGCCUUCAUGGUGACUCUUGUUGGCCCUCCGACUCCAACUUUGCCGCACUCGCCGCCCGAGUCUCGCAGCCUCUCCUUCAUCCUGUUCCCCCCGCCCGCCCAUGCUACGCCGACGAUCCCAGUUCCGCUGCGUGCGCAGCAGUCACGAGUCAUUGGACGGAUGGCGUUUGGCGUUCGGACCACAGCGGGGCGAUGCAAGCUCCCAAUUACGAGACAUUCACCUUUCCCAACGGCACGAUCGAAGCUUGCUACAUCAACACCACUCUGGGUGUGCCUUGUGGACAGGGCAGCGUAUCUGUCAUCGGCGUUGAUGCGCGAGAACCUGCCGACGUUCAGGCUGCCAUCAAGUUCGCUGCGCAGCACAAUUUGAGGCUCGCCGUGAAAAGCACUGGGCAUGACUACCUUGGACGAAGCAACGGUAGAAGUUCUUUCCUUCUGUGGACUCACAACAUGAAGAACAUCACCAUCCAUCCUACCUUCACUCCCGCUGGCGCACCCAAAAACGAGACCUACGACUUCGCUAUCACACUUCAAUCCGGGGUACAGUGGUUUGAAGCAUACAAUGCCGUCACGGCUGUAAAUCGCACCAUCGUCGGUGGUGCCUCCCCAGGCGGGUCCGUCGGAGCUGCGAGCGGUUGGCUUCUCGGAGGCGGCCACAGCGCUUUAUCGCCGUCUUACGGUUUAGGCGUCGACAACACGCUCGAAAUCACAGCCGUCACCGCCGACGGAGUGCUCGUUACUGCGUCCGCGUACCGGCACUCGGAUCUCUUCUGGGCUCUCCGUGGGGGCGGCGGCGGUUCCUUUGCCGUCGUUCUCUCUGUGACGUACCGCACGCAUCCCGCCGUCCCCGCCGUAGGCGUGUUUCUCACCGCAUCGAGCAACACCUCCGUCCCGAACCCGGCUCUGCGCAGCGCCACCACCGAACUCGUGCGCCUGAGCCCCGCGCUGACCAACGCGGGAUGGGGCGGGUACGCAGACUUGCAGCAUUCCGGUUCGACCUGGGAGCUCACGCUCUUCGCCAUCGUGCCGAACGUCUCGUGGGCGACCGCCAACGCGAGCAUGGAGCCCUUGCUCUCUUUCGUCCGCGGCCUCGCGAGCAACUCCACCGGGGAUGGGGGACUGACGGUGCUCAUCGCGGAAACCUUGCCGUUCGGCAGCUGGGCGGAGUGGUACGACGCGCUGGGCUUCAACAGCACGAACUCGGAGACGUCGAGCGAGGUCGGGGUGAACGUGGAGCUCGGCUCGCGCCUGAUCCCCCGGUCCCUUGUCGAAGGCGAGCCCGAGCUCGUGGCGGACACGCUGCUCGGUCUGGGUGUGGGGUUCCUAUACUACCUCGUCACUCCCGGUGGUGAAGCUGCGAGCUUGGGCGACCAUGCUGCGGGUGUGAACCCGGCUUGGCGGCAUGCCGUUGCGCACGUUGUUAUCGGUACAUCGUGGGCCGAAGGUACGAGCGAGGCGGACAUCGACGUCCUUCGUGCUGCACUGGAAAGCGACACUGCGAAGCUACGAUCCCUGGCUCCGGAUUCGGGCUGCUACUUCAAUGAGGCAUCGCGCUUCGAGCCUAACUUCCAGCAGGCGUUCUUUGGCUCGAACUACCCUGUACUGAAAAGAAUCAAGGCGAAGUAUGACCCCAACGAUCUGUUCAUCGUCACAAAGGGAGUGGGUUCGGAGGACUGGGAUGACUCUUUGACUUGUCGCCUGUAA